AUGAUCAAAAAGGCGUCUGUAUUCCCAGCAGUGCAGGACUACGGGCGAUGCACAUGUAAGGGCACUGCUCCUCGGCUCCGGGCUCGUGUUCUGGCAGCGGGAACUACGCCCGUCACAGUUAUUGGUACUGCGCAUAAUCGCACUGAGUGGACCACAGCUGGACCAUGUGCGCUGAACUUCGCGGAUGGCCUCCGAUCCGUCAGAGGCAUGCAGCACAAGUCGGCGAAUCCUGUAUCUGGCAUGCUACUCGCCUCAACGGCUAAUUCUCAUUCAGGCACCAACGGCGUGGCGCUCUGGAGUGGAGUUCGACAAUGGGGAGCGGAAUUGUCGAGCUCAGUACCGACAAUCAAUGGCUGUGCCGUCGCCUCAUCGGAAGCGGCAUCUCACCAGCGGGUUGCCGAAGCAGUCGAGUGUGUAACAAUCCCUGCUGCAUUGCGCAGGUCCGCUAUUCGUGGGUUGAGGAGACCGAUGCACAUGCUCGUGAUGAUGCUGUAUGACUGUGUCGCACAUUAUUAUUUUCACCCGCCAAUAGCAGGUCCUGCAGCGCUUGUCGAAGAAGGAUUCCUGCCUGAUCUCCCCACGCCGUUCAUCGUCGCAAUGCGUAUCCGACGUGGGAAUGAAGACGUGUCCUGGGGGAGAGGAGGACUCCAGAUGCAGAUUGAGAGGAGGCAGGCAGGCAAACCUCUCUGGUGA